UUAUGCACGGCAGGGAGUGGCCACUGUGACCAGGUUUAGCCAAUACGAUAGUAGCGGCGGAGCGAAGGCGUUUCGAUCUGUUCGGAAGAGAAGUUCUCUAACAGCGCGAGCCUCAGCAGUGCUCAGUAAAGACAGAUAGAGAGUCAGGCGGCUGCAAGGGGUGGCAGUACGACCCUCUUUUGGGGGGGUCUGAUUAUAACAAAAAUAUAUACACACAUAUAUGCAUGCCCGGGCCGCUAGCUAGAUCAUAUGACGAUAAUUGGUCUUUUUAGUAAGCAUAUAGCUUAAUAUCUAUACAUUUAAAAUGCCUAUUUUACUUUUCCUGAUAGACACGUCCGCCUCUAUGAAUCAGCGCACUUAUUUGGGUACGACGUAUCUGGACAUUGCUAAAGGCGCGGUUGAGAUCUUUAUGAAGCUGCGUGCCCGAGACCCGGCUAGUAGAGGCGACAGGUACAUGCUAGUUACAUUUGAUGAUCCACCAUACGGAGUUAAGGCGGGAUGGAGAGAGAACCACGCCACGUUCAUGAGCGAGCUGAAGAACCUGCAGGCGUCGGGGCUCACCACCAUGGGUCCGGCCCUCCGCUCGGCCUUCGACCUGCUCAACCUCAACAGGCUGGCGUCUGGCAUCGACAACUAUGGCCAGGGCCGGAAUCCCUUCUUCCUGGAGCCAGCGGUGAUCAUCACAAUCACAGAUGGGAACAAGCUGACGCACAGCUCAGGUGUAUCUGAAGAGCUGCACCUCCCUCUGAACUCUCCGCUGCCGGGCAGUGAGCUGACCAAGGAGCCGUUCCGCUGGGACCAGCGCCUCUUCGCUCUGGUGCUGCGUCUGCCCGGCGCGGCCAUGCCCGAGAACGAGCAGCUGGGCAGCGUUCCCACCGACGAAUCCGCCAUCACUCAGAUGUGUGAAGUUACUGGAGGCCGUUCGUACUGUGUCCGCACUCAGAGAAUGCUCAACCAGUGUCUGGAGUCGCUGGUCCAGAAGGUUCUGAGCGGUGUGGUGAUUAAUUUUGAGAAGACGGGGCCGGACCCCCCUGCGUUAGGAGAAGAUGGGCUGGUUGAUCCGAGUCGGUCCGUGUCGUCCUUCAGUCCGCAGCCCUGGCACAGCUGCCACAAGCUCAUCUAUGUGCGUCCCAACCCCAAGACGGGGGUGCCCGUGGGCCACUGGCCCAUCCCCGAGUCCUUCUGGCCCGACCAGAACUCGCCCACUCUGCCGCCACGCUCCGCCCAUCCGGUGGUCCGCUUCUCCUGUGUGGAUUGUGAGCCCAUGGUGAUCGACAAGCUGCCCUUCGACAAGUACGAGCUGGAGCCCUCGCCCCUCACUCAGUACAUCCUGGAGAGGAAGUCGCCACACAUGUGCUGGCAGGUGUUUGUGAACUGUAGUGGGAAGCACAGCGAGCUGGCUCACCCUUUUGGUUACCUGAAAGCCAGCACCACACUCACCUGUGUGAACCUCUUCGUCAUGCCUUACAACUACCCUGUCCUGUUGCCUCUGCUUGACGACCUGUUCAAAGUGCACAAGCUGAAGCCGAACCUGAAAUGGCGACAGGCCUUUGAGAUCUACCUGAAGUCCAUGCCACCGUAUUUCCUAUUGCCCUUGAAGAAGGCACUGAGGAUGAUGGGAGCUCCGAAUCUAAUAUCAGACAACAUGGACUGUGGCCUGAGCUACAGCGUCAUCUCCUACCUGAAGAAGCUCAGCCAACAGGCCAAAAUUGAGUCGGACCGUCUGAUUGCGUCGGUGGGCAAGAAGCCCCCUCAGGAAACGGGCAUCAAGGUGAAGAACCACUCCAGUGCCCUGUCGUUGGCACAACGCCACGAGUUCAAACAGCUGCUCCAGGGUAUCACCGGGGAGAUGCCGCUCCGCCUCGGCGAAAUCAACUUCAAAGAGUUCGCCGGCUUCCAGAUUGCACUUCUCAACAAGGAUCUGAAGCCCCAAGCCUAUCGGAAUGCCUAUGACAUUCCAAGACGGAACCUUCUGGACCAGGUGACCCGCAUGCGCUCCAACCUUCUGAGGACAACCCAGAAGCUCAUUAGGGGACAGGAUGAAGACUACCUGCAUAGCAUCCCCGUCGGCCAAAUGGGCAACUACCAGGAGUACCUGAAGAUGAUGCCCUCGCCGCUGCGGGAGAUCGACCCCGACCAGCCCAAGCGCCUGCACACGUUUGGUAACCCCUUCAAGCAGGACAAGAAGGGGAUGAUGAUCGACGAGGCCGAUGAGUUCGUGACAGGCCCCCAAAACAAGAAGAGGGGCAACUCGGGGGACCCCAACUCGGGCGCGGCUCCCAAGAGGCGGAGGAGCAUGUCUCCGUUGCUGCGGCGACCACAGACCCCACCCAUCAUCACCAACCACGUGGUGUCCAAAGGAGCGCCAGGAGCUCAGGGCCAGCAGGGCCUCAUCAAACCAAUCCCACUGCUCAAAGGAGUGGAGGGGAACAGUGUCCUCGGAACGGAGAGCAAUGGAGACCGAGGACCAGUUCCGGAGCCCAAUGACGGCUGGUCUGGAGGGGAGGAUGACGGUCCUGCUGGCGUCUCCCUGGACGAGAGUGGAGGGGAGAGCCCCAGUGACAGCGGCGAGGAGCGGCUCGAGAUGGACGAGCAGCUCGGCGAGGACGGCCUGGACGGCCUGGACGGCCUGGACGAAAGGCCGUCGGACCACCAGCAGAACUGCGAGGGCAUGAGUCCUCCCGACCAGGAGGGGGCGACCGAUGGGUCCAUAGGAGAGAGCGCCCCCGGAACGGUUAUCAUGAUACCGCUGGACGGCAGUAACGCUGAGCUGCGCACACGGGUCAUCAAGGAGGUCCGCAAGCCUGGCCGCAACUUUGAGACGAUCUUCCGGCUCCUGGAGGAGGUGAAAGGGCCUGUGUCUGUGCAGAGGUACUUCAUCCACCAUGCCAUCAAAGAGGCCGCCAGGUUUAAGAAGCGGGUGCUGAUCCAGCAGCUGGAGACGGCUCUGGAGGAGAUGGAGGAGAAGCAGAUGCUGCCGCAGAGGGUCAACAACAACAUCCACGGCAGAUAGUGUCAGCGCCUCUCCUCACAGACCACAGACGAAGAGAAGAGAGAGAAGAGAUGGAGAGAUACACACACACCAGACGGAAGACAGGAGGAGAGAGAUGGAAGCAAGGGGCCACAC